AUGCUUACAAUAAAUUAUAAAUGUCCAAAGAAUAUUUAUAAAGCUUUCCGUAUUGCUAAAUGGAAAGACAGCCCGAGGAAGUAUAUUGCAGAUAUACAUCCACUACUUUAUGAGGUUUCCGGAAAUUCUAGACCCUAUGUAAAAGGUGAUGGAAGCAUUAUUAGCAAUAAUCCUUGUGAGAGCAGAGAUUCAGAAAUUAUCAAAUUUACCGAUAUCGAUGAAUACUAUACAUAUGUGCCAUUUUAUAACUCAAGAGAAUUGUAUGAUCAAUUUUAUGAAUUUCUCAUUUUGGUGUUAGUAUAA